AUGAAUGGAAAUAGAAUUAGACUAGAGAUAAAAAGGUUACAAAAUGAAGUAGAAUUUAUAGGUGGUUCGGAAAAUGACAAGACUGAUCACGAAGCUUUUAUACGACUUCGAGAUGAAAUUAUUCGGUUGAAACAAAAGAUCAAUCAAAUGUCAAAUAAAUUAUCUAAGUAUGACUUAGAACAUUAUUCAGAAGAUAUAAGAUCACUACUGAAAAUUGUACAAAAACAAAUGUUGACUUUUAAUGAUCAACCAAAUAAUAGUAAUAAGAAGAUAUUGCAUUUAAAAAGAAAACCAAAGUUUUGUGAUACUAUAAAUAAUAGGAAAUUGUCAAGUAUGACCCCACUUAAUUCAAUAACUACUAAAACUGUGAAUGAAAAAAUUGUAGUAUCAGAUAAUGUCUCAAUUUUACAGAAUUUGAAGCAUUGUCAAAUCUCCUCAAGUUCGAUAAGAUGUAACGACUUAAGGGAUAUAUCCGGUUCCCUUACCCUUUCACAAAUAAGUGAAACUCGUAUUAUACUGCUUGAUCUUCCGUUCACAAAAGGUAAUAUUUUCAUUACAGAUUGUAUCGAUUGUAUAAUGAUUAUACAGGUUCCUUCUAAAGACACAGUUCAGUUAAGAUUACAUAAUUUACUAAAUUGCAAAAUUAAGAUUUCUUUGAAAGAACCAAUAACUUCAAAACCCGAUAAACAGACUGUUGUUAUUGAAAAUAUUAAAGACUGUUUAUUUGAUAUAACAUCCAAAUCUAUUAUUACUAUCGAAAACUUCAGUAAUAUUGAUCAACGCAACAAAGAAGAUAAAGAUUAUUUCUUUGGAGAAUUUAAUUUUAGCGCAGGAUUAGAUCCGUUGUCGUAG